AGUUGUUUUCAAAAAGUAUGCAAUAGAAAUGGUCAGUGGACCAAACACACUACUUACUUACUUACUCCCAAAUCCCCUUUACACCAAUAUAUAAUGACUCCCAAACCGCUAUUCUCAAUCAUCAAUAUCAUCUUCUUCUCUUAAUUCUUCUUCUCUCUCACUCUCUCUCUCUGUCUUUCUCCUUCAUUAACCAAUAUGGCAAACACCAGCUUAGAGAUUGGGUUGCUAAUUGUAUUAGUAAUUUACAUGGUUAUGCCAAUCUCUUCAGCCACGGUUUACACGGUUGGAGACACAUCAGGUUGGGCAAUGGGCGUGGACUACACCACUUGGACAAGUGACAAAACCUUCCUAGUUGGAGAUAGCCUAGUUUUCAACUAUGGAAGUAGCCACACAGUGGACGAAGUGAGCUCAAGUGACUACAGCAGCUGCACAGUAGGGAAUGCAAUCACAUCAGACAACACAGGAACAACCACAAUCAGUCUCAAGACAACAGGUACUCAUUACUUCAUUUGUGGUGUAAUGGGUCAUUGUGGCAAUGGGAUGAAGUUGGCUGUCACAGUCAAAUCUGGGGGUGGCUCAUCAUCAACCACCACCCCAUCAUCAUCAUCAUCUUCUUCUGGUGGUGGUGGUGGAACUAGCAGUACCACCAGCACACCAGGGGUUAGGACACCCACCUCAUCAUCAUCUCAUGAUAAUUCUCCGGCGGAUUCAUCUACAGGCCCAAGUACUGUUUUGGUGAACAUGUUUGGUACUACUGUUGUGGCUGUGUUUUGUUGCUUAUUUAUUAUUGGUCUAGUUCAUUAAUUAAUUUGUUGCUAUGUGUUGCUUUUCUCGUGUAUUGAAUUGAAUUGGUUGGCAGAGUUGAUCAGUUUGUACUUGUAGUAGUUUUGUUUGUACCACUACAACUACUACUACUACUACUAUAAAUUACUCUGGUCAGGAUAGAGGCAGUGCCCUUAUUAUUAA